AAGAGGACGAAGUGAGAGAUAGGGAGGGAGAGGAAUAGGAAGAAAUGAGGACGAGAAGAGGGUCGUGUUAUCCGAGAGAGGAGGUUAUGGUUGAUGCCGUCAGGUGUGGCGGCAAGGUCAAGAGGGUUUCCUCCGGCGACGGUUUUGGCGGCGGAGACUGCCGGAAACGGCGGAGGGUCCUGUCAUUUUCCGGUGUGUCUACGUCAUCAACCGGAGGAGGAGAUGGAGGGUCGGAUUUGUUUGAUUCGAUUCCGGACGAUCUCGUCGUCUGUAUCCUCUGCAAACUUAGCUCCACUGCUCGUUGUCCCGCCGAUUUCAUCAACGUAUUGAUGACAUGCAAGAGAUUGAAUGGGUUAGCUCUGAAUUCUCUGGUGCUAUCGAAAGUUUCGGCGAAAGCCCUCGCCGUCAGAGCGAAGAACUGGUCGGAAUCUGCCCACCGAUUUGUCAGACGAUGCGCCGACGCCGGAAGCGUCGAAGCUUGUUACACUCUAGGCAUGAUUCGAUUUUACUGUCUGCAGAACAGAGGAAGCGGCGCGUCGCUUAUGGCCAAGGCGGCGAUUAACUCUCACGCGCCGGCGUUGUACUCUCUCGCCGUGAUUCAGUUCAACGGAAGCGGCGGCUCGAAGAACGACAAGGACCUCCGAGCCGGCGUGGCUCUGUGCGCUCGUGCCGCUUUCCUCGGCCACGUCGACGCCCUCCGCGAGCUCGGCCACUGCCUCCAAGACGGCUAUGGCGUUCCGCAGAAUAUCGCCGAGGGCCGACGGUUCCUCGUUCAAGCCAACGCGCGCGAACUUGCCGCCGUCCUCUCCUCGUCCGGCGUCGUUCCGAAUCGUUUGUGGCUCACUUGGUCGCAGACCCAGCCACCGACCCUCAACGGCGGAGCCACGGUAGGGAUGAGCACGUGCCCGUUGCUGAGCGAUUUCGGGUGUAAUGUCCCUGCGCCGGAGUUCCAUCCGGCGAAUCGGUUUCUAGCCGAAUGGUUCUCCGAGCGCGGGGGCGGUGUCGUCCGAUGCGGCGGUGGGUCGCCCGGAAAUGGGCUGAGACUGUGUUCGCACGGCGGAUGCGGGCGGCCGGAGACGAGGAAACACGAAUUCCGGCGAUGCUCCGUCUGCGGUGCCGUGAACUAUUGCUCGCGCGCCUGUCAGGCCCUUGACUGGAAGCUCCGGCACAAGGCCGAAUGCUCGCCCGUGGACCGGUGGCUCGGGGAAGACGCCGACGGUGGUGGCGACGCUAACGACAACGUCCAGGGAGACGGCGAAGUUAACGGAAACAACGUUGUCCCUCUGAGUUAACGGUGACGGUAGGAUUGACGGCGUUGAGUAGAAAUGUUUAAGAGACGGCAGAUUUUCACGGUAGUUUUCUUUUGUUUUAGCGGAAAAGUUUUUUUAAGUUAAAGAAAUUCCAUCGGGAAACCGUUAGACAGCGUUAGAUUUUUGGUAUUCCGGUCGAUUGUAUAGAGGCGGUAUAAACGGAACGGCGUGAAUUAGAAAAAGUUUUCUUUUUCUUUUUCUUUUAAUUUUCAUUUGUAUUUAAUACCCUUUUUUCCCGUUUGCACGGUAAAUUUAGAAAUGGAAAUCUCCGUUUCAUU